AAUAAAAUAACUCGUAUUAAUAAAAUUGCCCGUAGAACGUUCGAAAAGAUAUUGGCGAUGAUGGCGAUGGAUUGGAAGAAGAAUAGCAAUGCCGAUUUUAAUAUGCGUGUGAUAAUAAGCAAAGCCGUUUUGUCGCAGAAUUUCUCUAAUUUCGUCUUCGGUGCCUUUUCGAUAGCCAUAACCUUGUAUAGCAUAACCGUUCUCACAUUUGACACAAAUAACAUAGAAAAAGUUGACAUAUCCAUGCGUCCACUUAUCCUAAAGAUGGAUUUCCCAUUCAAUAACGAUACACGUUUCGUUUAUGGAUUGAUAUUAAUCUUACAAUUCCUUUGCGUAGUUAUAUGUGGUAGUGCCGUUGUCACGGUAAACACUCUUCUUAUUAUUUUGGUGAGUAAAUUAAAAUUGUUUCAAAAAAUUUUAUAAUCUAAAUCUGUGUAACUGUUAAAUUCACCUUAAUAUAAUGUAAUAUUAUCGCACAACAUGUAAUACAAUAUGUAAUUUGCAAAUUAUAACAAAUUAGGAUGAAAGAAAUAAAGUUUUCGAAAUCUUCCAGGUCUUACAUUUAUCUGGCCAAAUUGAGAUUCUUCGUAAAUGGUUAACAGAAAUCUUUUCAAGGGAAAACGAAUACAGACCGAGUCUAAUAAUGAUAAGAAAAAUUAUUAAAAAACAUCAGAACAUUAUUAUCUUUUCAAAAAGCAUCGAAAAUCUCUACUCCCACAUCGCGUUGGUUUUAUUUCUGUCAGACACUUUGAUCAUUUGUGGCCUCGGAUUUAUACUCGUUACGUCAAUUGGAAAAUCGAAUGCUACUACGAUUAUAAUAAAAUCUCUUGGAUUUUAUCUCAUAAUGAAUUUCGAGGUAUUCAUGUUUUGUUUCGCUGGGGAGUAUUUAAGUGUUAAGGUUAGCAUUAAUGGCGCGUCCAAUUAUAACAAGGAAAUAGGAGAUGCCGCAUAUGAUUCCCAUUGGUACCAAUGCAAAAUUCAAGAUAGUCGGAUAAUCUUAUUUUUGAUAAUGAGAUCGCAAAAUCAGUUGACAAUUACAGUUGGGAAAUUCAUGGAUCUUUCCUUCGAACGAUUUAUCAGUGUAAGAAUAUUGUAAUAUCGAAAUAUUCUUCUUGUACUGAAAAUGCAAAAUGUUUUUA